GCCGCCGAGCUCCGCAGCCUGGAGGCGCCGGAGCUGCGGGGGCUGCGGCUCAACCUGGGGGCCAACCCGCUGAGCUGCGACUGUGCCCUGCGGCCCUUCCUGGCCUGGCUGCGCUCCGCGGGCUCCCGGGUGCUCGACGCCCGCAGCCUGCGCUGCGCGGGACCCCCGGCCCUGCGCGGGGCCGCGCUGCUCCGCCUGCGGCCCGAGGGGCUGGUGUGCGCGGCCAGCGAGGGCGGCGAGCCCGGCCAGCUGGAGACGGCCUCCUACGUCUUCUUCGGCAUCGUCCUGGCGCUCAUCGGCAUCGUCUUCCUCAUGGUGCUCUACCUGAACCGCCGCGGCAUCAAGCGCUGGCUCCACAACCUGCGCGAGGCUUGCCGCGACCAGAUGGAGGGGUACCACUACCGCUACGAGCAGGACGCCGACCCGCGCUGCGCCAGCGCCGUGGGCACCCCCGGCCUCUGACGGUGCCCUCGGCAUCACCCGCCGUGCCCCUCGACGCCUCUCCGCUCCCGACAUCCACACCUCGCGCCAGCCCCUCGCCGUGGCACCCCCGAAAAUUAGUCUCUGAGGACGAGCCGG